AUGUCUAUUACCUACUCCAUCACCUUGGCUAAGCCUCUGUUGGCUAUAUAUAUCGUCUACCUAGCGAGCAUUGUGACCUAUAAUCUCUACUUCCACCCCCUCGCCUGCUUCCCCGGCCCCAAGUUGCACGGCGGCACCCCAAUCCCCUACGUCUGGCACCAACUGCGCGGUGACCUUCCCUUCAUCUACCGCAAACUCCACGACAAGUACGGCGACGUCGUCCGGGUCCUCCCGAACGAACUCUCCUUCAACACCGCUUCCGCCUGGCAAGGCAUCUACACCGUCCGCAGCGGCCACCAGCUCCCGACCAAGGACCCCAAGGUCGUCGUCCCCUCCGACGAAGGCGCCUACAACAUCGUCACAGUCCCCAAUAUCGCCGACCAUGCCCGCUACCGCCGCACCUUGAACGCAGGGUUCUCCGAAAAAGCCGUCCGCGAGCAAGAGCACAUCGUCCGGGGCCAUUUAGAUCUUCUCAUCACCAGACUCUACAAACAUGCAACAGCGCCCAAGACAUCCGGGAAACCCCAAGACCUCGUCUUCUGGCUCACCCUCCUGACCUUCGAUAUCAUCGCGGACCUCACCUUCGGCGAAUCGCUACACGGCCUCGAAGAAGAGAAAUACCAUCCCUGGGUCGAGGGUCUCUUUGGCAGCGUCAUGAAGCAUGCAUCUCUCAAGCGCGCAAUCGGCUACUUCCCACAUAUCAAACCCCUCCUCGACGCAUUCCUCCCCCAGACCCUUCUCGAGCAACGAGCCAAACACGCCCACUUUGUCUCUGAGCGCGUAGAAAAACGCAUGAAGAUGGACAGCGCCUCGAACAACCGAAGCGACUUUAUGAGUUUCAUCUUGCCCUACGAUCCAGAGAAAGUCCACAUGUCGCUGCCCGAGAUCCGGGCGACGUUCGGCGUGCUCAUAAUGGCCGGCAGCGAGAAUCUGGCCACGACAGUGGAUUUUACGAUCUAUCAUCUGCUUAAGAAUCCGGGUGCUUGGGAGAGACUUACUCAAGAAGUGCGCGGGAGAUUCCAGAGCGAAGAAGAGAUUACCUUCCUCUCUGUGGCUUCGCUGCCGUAUCUGGCUGCGACACUGAGUGAGUCGAUGCGCAUCCAGCCUGCGGCGCCGGCGUCCCAGCCGAGGGUUGUUCCUGAGGGAGGAGAUGUGAUCUCGGGGCAUUAUGUGCCGGGAGGGGCGAGAGUUGCGAUCCCUCCGAUCUGUAUGAACCACGACCCACGGUACUUCAAGCACCCACGGCUCUUCAGGCCAGAGCGCUGGCUGGGGGACCCAGAGUACAAGGACGACGUCAAGUCCGCGACUCAUCCGUUUGGAACAGGGCCUAGGAGCUGUGCCGGUCGACCACUCGCCCUUGCGGAGAUGAAGCUAAUCAUUGCGCGGAUCGUGUGGAAUUUCGACCUGGAGUUGACCGCAGACUCGAAAACAUGGGGGGAGGAUUUGAAGAUUUUCCACCUGUGGGAUAUCACGCCUCUCUAUGUUCGGUUUACUCAUGUAGAUAGGGCGUAA